AUGUCAACAUGAUCCACAAUCUCCUUUAAUGAUGCAAACUCUCCUAUUAUAGAACAACUUAUUUUUUUUCAUGACCAUACUAUAACUAUUAUCAUAAGAAUAACAAUUCUUAUUUCCUAUAUACUUUUAAAUAUUAUUUUAAGCCCUUUUUACAAUCGCAACCUAAUUGAAAACCAAUAUAUUGAGACAAUUUGAACCAUUAUCCCAACAAUCCUUCUAUUAUUUAUUGCUCUGCCAAGAUUACGCCUACUUUACUUAAUAGAAGAAAACUUCGAGCCUAGCCUUAACAUUAAAAUUUUAGGCCAUCAAUGAUACUGAUCUUACGAAAUUUCCAAUUUUAAUUUUUCCUUUGACUCCUUCAUAAUCCCUGAAACUGACCUUGCAAAAAAUAACUUUCGCUUAUUAGAUGUAGAUAACCGCCUCGUUAUCCCCUUCCACACCCACAUCUCAUUUUUAGCCUCUUCUGCAGAUGUUAUCCAUUCUUGAGCUGUCCCCUCAUUAGGAUUAAAAAUAGAUGCUAUCCCAGGACGAUUAAACCAAAUAACAUCUUUUGCUAACCGCCCUGGAAUCUUCUACGGCCAAUGCUCAGAAAUUUGUGGAGCAAAUCAUAGAUUUAUACCUAUCUCCCUCGAGAUUACUAACGUAAAUAAUUUUUUCUCAUGAAUUAACACUUUUU